UGUAUUUACACAUCAUCUAAAUCCCUACACUGUGUACGGACUUGGUAAAGCUGAAUAUAACCUUAACGCACAACCAACGUAUUGAGAGGUUUUAAUUUUUAAUAAUAAAUAUACAUUAAUAAUAGAUAACAAUAUAAGUGAUGAGUUCCCGAAGGCGAAUCAUUCGCCAUUCGCUGAUUUUCCGAAUGGUCUGCAUACACAUACAGUACUCAGUACAAUCUAACAGUACUUACACAGCGAAAUCUUUGAAUAAAAUAAAGUAUGAAAUCCAAGUCCAAGCAUUCUAUCAUAGAAUUUAGAAUUCAGUCAAAUUAUGAAAUGCAUUAGUAGACAUUAUAAUAUACAUUGCCAAGGAGGUCUGCUAGUAGUCUGUGGGAAGUCAAGUCACACUCUAGUGACAGUGAUGAUAGUGUACAAAAAAUUACAACCAAUGAAACAAUGAAUGCUUAGGCCUAGGUUUGACUUGGUAUCUAGGCCUAGUGGUAAAUUUUAAGGACGAAUGCCACCAUUUUAUCGAAUUUCACGAAAGUAUGCCUAAAUCGAUCCCUAUGCCUAACCUGAACCCUAAAUCAAAAUCAAUCCCUAUGCCAAACCUGAACCCUAAAUCGAUCCCUCAACCUAACCUAAACCAAACCCUAAUUCACUGCAACGAUUAUAAACACACAAAAGACGGACGCCGUGGCAUCCGUCCUUAAUUUCAGCCGGCCUAGGCAAUCCUGCUAACCCUGGUCCCAAGUCCAAAUGCCAAAUAGUGUACUUUGGUAUACCGAAGUAUAAGUAUACGUUUUGUCUUAGAAAUUAAGAAAGUGUCAGGUGGCCGCAAUAAUUGUUUCUUAGUUUAAAGUAGUAUUUGUUUACAUUCAAUGAUUCUGAAUGAAUGUAGUUGUCAUGCAGACUAAUUUCUUCUAAUAAUAUAAACAAUACCAGCAAGCACCAGUUCAUAUAACAAAGUUCUUGCCAGGAAACAUUCUGCAAAUUUAUGACACAGCGCAGUAGGCACUGUAUGAUAGCAUUCUUUAGUUAGAGUGGCUUGCUGAACACAGUCUCAUAAAUGUCAACAUCCUAUGUCUUUAGUCCGAUGUGCCAAGUCACCUGAUGGUUACCAAUGGAAAUGCUGUGUGUGCAAUAUGACAUGCAGUAUUAAGUAUACACAAUUGAUCAAACUGCGGGCUUAGCAUACAGAAAAUCAUCAUGAUGAUAUCUAAUUAUGGGUUUAUGCAGUGAAAUGCAUGCAUGUUAGGUUUUUGAAAGCAUAGAAAGUUGGGACACCAUUGUAAACUACAACAACUUUUAUCAAAUUGAGUGUCGGAAUUGGUUUCAAAUUCAGCAAGGUGGAACACGCCAUAGCCAGUUCCCAAGUUACUUGUGUGCUUUCCAGUAGUAUUUUAGCAACAAAAAACAUGUUUUUUGACAGUACCAGUACUUGAAGUUGUUGACUGACAAUUAUCACAAUGACCAUGAACAUGGUAAAACAUUAUGGAAAUGCCAAAUUAACUCCUCAUUUGAUGCUUUUUACUAGUAUUUUGAAUUGGGGACCUGUGUUGGGAGGAGUGCCGGCAAGUAUUGCAUAGAAAGUUGUAUAGAAAAUAGAAUGUAAAUCACAAUUUUAGCUACAGUAUAGCAUCAUAGGAUGCCUGCCUAGACUUAUUAUUAGGCAUUUUGACAUACAUUUUAAAUAUUGUCUGAAGGAAUGUACAUAAUUUUAAAAGGUUCUUCUUCUUCUUCUAUAUCUUAAGGGCCCACAAUCAAUUUAUUGAUCAUUUUGGCUCCUAUGCAUGUAGAUGGGAUUUGCAAUGUUUCUGUUACUGGUGUUGAUGAGGAAAUCAUGCACUAGGGGUUUGAAGGCUUGAGGCAAUAGACACAAAUGUGUCUAGACACAAAUGUGUCUAGUGUUGUCGCCUCAACUGUUCCUUUUGAAAGAUUGUUCCAGUCCCUGAUUGUCUUGGGCAGGGAUGAGCAGCUCCUAUACUGGCUUCUUGCUGGUAUGAGCCUGAAUUGCCUGUCAUGGCCUCGUCGCUGUCUAUGGGGGAGAGGGACGAGUUUCUGUUUAAUACUGGAACAGUGGACCAGCCCAUUAUUUAUCUUGUAACGUUUCUCCAAUGGUGACCAGCCUAGUGUUUCUAGCAUGCUGCCAACACUAGAGGUAUUCCUGUAGCGGUUUAGGACAAAGCGUGCUGCUCGUCGCUGGACCGCCUCCAACCUGUCAAUGCUCUUCUGGGUAAAUCGGUCCCAGACUGAAGAUGCAUAAUCUAAAAUCGGACGGAUAAAGGCUUUAUAUGCUCUUUCUUUCACACAGGAGUUUCCAAUCUUUAGAUUUCACCUUAAGAACCCUAGGGGUCUUGUUUGCUUGGUUACAUACAUUGUUAAUAUGCUCGUCCCAGCAGACCUCUCUUUGAAUGGUAACACCCAGGUACUUAAACGGAGGAAACUUGCUCAACUAACUAUAAGCUUUAUAAAAACACCAAUUUCAUCUUUCUAGCUUUUAGAGAUUUUGUUUGUUGAAUAUUUUUUUUAAACCCCUUAUUUGUUUGUGUAUAAUACCAUAUACAACUGUGUAAACUUGCAACCAACCUUCCACCUUAUUUUUACACACAAAGCUACCAAAUUUUUAGGAGAUAUUCUCAAUGCAUUAUACAACGCAAUGAACAACCAAACUUUUGCAUAACAUCACAACUUUUUAGUUUUGAUAAUUUUAUUUAAGGGUACUGGUAGUAUAAAAAAAAUCCUGAAAAGGAAAAUAAGAAGAAAAAAAAUUACUUACAGAGACAAAAAAAAAGGAAAAUCACAAGUUAAAGUUUAUUAAAAAUUACUAAAUAACAGAUUGGACUCUUUAUAAACAAAAAAAUGAACAGCAGGGGCCAUAAACAUUUGAAGAAUCCUAUACAAUGCAUGGCCGAGGGCCUAGGCGAUGUAUAUAAUGUAGGUAUUUCAAACUUUGACUGAAAUUGGUAGGCAUUAUUGAGGAGCCCAGAUUUUACACUUUGCUUGGAACACUAUACUAAUGACCGAAUGUAGUAAGUUAAGUAAAGCCUAUUAUUAUUUUUCAUUGCUAAAAUAGGCAAGACUCUGUUAUACUAAACCAGUUAUGUUUUAUACUUAAAGUUAAAGGUUAUUCACUUGUUAAUGAUAAUGUGUGAGAUUAGGCCAAAUGUAACUGGAAGAAAGGGCAGUAAGUGGUAAGCCUAAGACUAAGAAUAGUCAGGGCUAGUGGAGAAAAAGAAUAUUUUAAUGGGGAAAAAAGGGGGAAGAUUUGUUGCACUAAAAGCAAUUACAAUAAAGUUGCAACUUAAACUAAGUUAGUUUAUUAGUCAAGUUGAAACCAUAUUAAUAUUUUGUAUCAAUCUCAAUAACAAUUGAAAAUAGCCCCAGGGCAUUUAUUAAAUUUAUGAUGGCAUAUCACAUAUAAUUAAGGCCACAGAUCAUAAUAAGCAAACUUUUAUUUUCUUUUGCAGGUGAAUUUGUAUUACUCCAGGAAAGAUUACACUAUUCACAUUUUAAUUUAAUUCUAAUUAUUUAAACCUUUUCAACUAUGAGCAAAAAUCAAACGAUAGCCUCCCCUGGAGCACCAGGUAUUCGCGGCGAUGUCUCUUUUAUUAGAGCAACCCCGGGGCCAACAGUACCCAGUUUACCACCAUCAAAUCAGAGUGCAGAGAAAUAUACAUCUCACCACACAGGACAGAUACCUCCAUCAGCCUCAAGACUGUCUCAAGAUAUUCCAAUUCAGCCCCAUCUUUUUCAUCAGCACCAUCUACACCAAAGGCAACCUCAUCAUCAACAACCUCAUCUGCAGCAAUAUCUUCCGGAGCAUAUGGAAUCCCAACAGUACGCGUUGAAGCAACCGCAUGGGGCCGGUGGUGCCAGCGGGGACUCAGUGGGGCGUGUUUCAUCCCACACUGGAGUGGAGGGUUGGAGUGAUAGAGAAGAAGCGCUGGCUACUGAGUUGGAGGAGGCUAAAAU